AGGAGCACAGAUCUACACCGAACUCCCAAGGAGAAGGAGCGAGAGAGAUACGCAACAGGGGGGAGUGAAGGAGAGAGAAUUCAGGGUAGGACGAAAACAUCAUCAUGGUUUCAAUCACAGAGACUCAGAAGAUUGGUGUUGGUCUCACUGGCUUCGGCCUCUUCUUUCUGCUCUUUGGCGUGCUGCUGUACUUUGACUCUGUCUUACUGGCAUUUGGAAAUGUUCUGUUUCUGGCUGGCCUGGCGUUCAUCAUCGGCCUGAGAAGGACGGCAGGGUUCUUCUUCCAGAGACAGAAGCUCAGAGGCUCCACCUUAUUCCUGGGGGGCGUGGCCUUGGUGCUGUUCCGCUGGCCAAUCAUCGGCAUGGCUGUGGAGAGCUACGGCUUCGUGCUCCUGUUCAGGUCAUUCUUCCCUGUGGCGUUUGGAWUCAUUUUAUCGUUGGUUAAUAUCCCCUAUCUCAAUGUGGGAAACAGCUCCUCUAUGGUCUGAGAGAAGAGAAAGGUAGUGGAAGCUCUCUCUACAUUUCUCUCUCUCACUAUCUCUAUUCUUUCUUAUCUCUGUUAUACAACAACUCCCUAGGAAGUAGCCCUUCCAUGGUCUGAGGAAAGAGAAUGAGAGUGGAGGAGUUGAAUAGAGGCUACAAAGAAGAGAGGAGGGAUGAAAGUGAUGGAUUAAAAAAGGAAAAGCUUAUGGGCUCAGACUAGCUACAACCUUUGACAGAGACUGACAGAGAAGUGGUGGAGACGAGGUAGCUAAGAGCCUUGUCCAUCAACAAGUAUUAACCAAUGGACAUGAACUAUUAUUCUUAAAAUGUUUAUGUAAAAAUGAUCUACCAGAGAAACCAUGUGUGGCAAUGAGUGUUUGCCAUUCCACUAAUGUAUUUUAUAAUAAAACCAUGUUUUUGAUCUACCGUUUAUCAUAUCCUUUAUUACACACUUUAUUUUAAGGUAAACAUGGAAUCUAUUACUUUGUAGAUGACGGUGUACAUUUCGAAAGUGUUGUGUGAUGUCUGUAUGUCACGCCCUGACCUUAGAGUUCCUUAUUAUUUUCUAUGUUUGGUUAGGUCAGGGUGUGACUC